CGACUCUUUUGUAUUAAUAGAAUAUAUUAUCUACUUGUAUACAAGUUGAUUUAAUCAGAUAGAGGACUGCUUGUGACGUAGACAGAUUUGGAAUAAAAUUCAUUUACACACACACGCACACACACACACACACACACACACAGAGAGAGAGAGAGAGAGCUCCACUGCGCUGCUUGGAAGAGAUUUACGGUAGUGAUUGUAAAAAGAGGAAAUUGUGAACGCACUCGUCCACACACACACACACACACACACACGGUACGAGGAGCUGACGGGACAAAACGAUGCUUGUAUCCUGUUAAAGUGGGAGUGUGUAUUGGUUCAGGGGGGAGGUUAUUUGGCCUCCAGCAGCUCCCACACGUCUCACACGUCCAUGAUGAAGCUGAGGAUGAGGAGGAAGAGGAUGAGGAGGACGUGGGGAUAUCUGUGCUUUCCUUACACACCAUAGCCGAGCUGAUCAUCUUUCUGCUCGGAUCUUCUGUCUGUCUUCUCAGCUGCAUUCUGCACACUUGGUUUGGGGUGAGACAUUAUUUUGCACGUUGCAUUGGUAGAUGCAGCAGUAACGCCGGAGUGCAUUUGCUCUACAAAUAUCGUGUGCGUAGUUCGGACUGUAGAUAGACCCUGCAAGAAGAAGAGGAAGAGGAGGAGGCUGAGGAGGAAGAGGAAGAACCUCAACGCGUAAAAUGACCAUGUCGGUCCCGGAGAGGAUCUCGGAGUCUGGAGGGAAAGAGGAGGAGAGCGAGGAUGAGAGCGAGAUCCUGGAGGAGAGUCCAUGUGGCCGCUGGCAGAAGCGAAAGGAGCAGCUCAGUCAAGGGAAUGUUCCUGGCAUUGAGAGUGCUUCCUUGGCCAUGGACACAGAAGAAGGAGUGGAGGUGGUGUGGAACGAGGUGCAGUUCUCCGACAAGAAGGUCUUCAAGGCUCAUGAGGACAGAAUCAAGGAAAUGUUCGAGAACCUCAUGCAGGUGGAGCACCCCAACAUCGUUAAGUUUCAUAAAUACUGGCUGGACAUGAGGGACAACCGAGCCAGGGUGAUUUUUAUCACAGAGUACAUGUCCUCCGGAAGUCUUAAACAGUUUCUGAAGAAAACGAAGAAAAAUCACAAGACUAUGAAUGUUAAGGCAUGGAAACGCUGGUGCACACAGAUCUUGUCUGCCCUCAGUUACCUGCACUCAUGUGAUCCUCCGAUCAUUCAUGGCAACCUGACCUGUGACACCAUCUUCAUCCAGCACAAUGGCCUUAUAAAGAUCGGCUCAGUGUGGCACAGGCUAUUCGUCAACGUAUUCCCAGAGGCCAUCCAUGGGAAUGUGCACCAGCACCGAGACGAGAUGCGCAAUCAGCACUACUUUGCUCCAGAGUACGGCCUUGCUGAGGACGACUACUCUAUUGAUAUAUAUUCUUUUGGAAUCUGUGCUUUGGAGAUGGCUGUUCUGGAGAUUCAGGCCAAUGGGGACACUGCUGUUUCUAAAGAGGCCAUAGCAAAUGCUGGACAGUCACUGGAGGACCCUCUUAUGAGGGAGUUCACGCAGUCAUGCGUGCGAACAGAGGCCAAGAUAAGGCCGACGGCUCAUGACCUGCUGUUCCACAGAGUACUGUUUGAAGUCCACUCCUUGAAGCUGCUUGCUGCCCACUGCUUUAUCAGCAACCAGUAUCUGCUUCCUGAGAACUGUGUAGAGGAGAAGACCAAGGCUAUAGACCCAAACGGCAUCAUGGCAGAGAUAAACCACAGUGACCGACCGGGAAUCCAGCUAAAGUACUCCCAUGUGUCUCCGUUGGAGCUGGACAAGUUCCUUGAGGAUGUUAAGAAUGGCAUCUACCCCCUAAUGAACUUCGCGUCGCAACGGCCGCAUCCUAUUCCGCGUGCCCUCUCUCUGUCCCAGGAGCAUAUGGAGACGGUGAAGACUCCAACUCCGGAGCCUCAAGAGACAGAGACGAGGAAGGUUAUCCAGAUGCACUGUAAUCUAGAGACUAAUGAGGAAGGCACAAGGAGUCAUCUCUCUUUGUUUUUGAAGAUGGACGACAAACUUCAUCGCCAGCUUAGCUGUGAUGUGCUUCCAACUGACCACCCCAGAGAUCUGGCCAGUGAGCUCGUCCACCAUGCAUUUAUUAGCGAGGAUGACUGUGAGAAGUUGGCAUGCUUUUUGGAAGAGGCCCUGGGGAAACACUGGGGCGGGACUUCCACAUCUCCUUCAUCCAUCGUGUUAAUGCACUGAGUCGAACAUUGGAGGUGAAGCUGUUGUGAAAUUGGCUGUGGCGGGGCUAAAAGAGAAAAGAAGCUGAAGAGUUACCAAAAGUGCAACACUUUUUUUUUUUUUUUUAAAGGGCACGGAAUUGAAUAGCUCCAUGGUAGCAGAGCUAUAAAGAACACUGACCAUUACCAUUAUCCCAAAACAGCAACAGGCAUGUUGCUCUUUUACCGGUGAUGAAUCCGCCAUGUAUUCCUUUAUAUGUUUGAUGGAUUUUUGUGGACAUUCUCAGUGAUGAUUUUUUUUUACCAUGCUGGAUGUAAUAUCCUGCUUCCAUCCAAGAAGUUAGUGGCCAAGGAAAAUGCCACGGAAGUAAAGUCUAAGGAACAAAGGAACUUCGGGAAGAAACAAGAAAGGAUACUAUUAGUACGAGUAGUCGAUUUUCAUGGGUCUGCCAGCCCAUGAGUCUUAAACUGUCAAGGUUUUUUUUUUUUUUAUAAAUGCAGUGCAUAUUUAUUUAUUGUUUAACUAUUAAUCAUCCAUAGACUCUAAAAAUAUGACUCUAAAAUCUCACAGUGAGGAAAAACUUUCCAAAUAUUUGAUCUGUUUUAUUCCCUGCACACAAAAAAAUGAUUUGAAUAAAUAUCUCAAAGAUGAAAGUGUCCAGGAAGCUGAUGAAUGUAGGGUACUGUAGCAAAGUGCCCUUUUGCUUUUGUUAUAGUUAGAUUACUUCUCCCAAUGUAAGAUCUAAAAUAGCAAAAAAACAACAACAAAAAAAAAAGAGGACUGGUUCUUACCAAGCACAAAGUGCCUAAGUAAGACAUAAAUGUUUCAAAAGUAGUAUUGCCAUUCAUCCAUGAGCUUGAUUUCUACAGAUUUGUUUUCUUCACUGGUAAUAACCUUAGACUUGCUAAACUGAAUGGGUAAGAUUGUAACUUUGUGUAAAGUGUGUUGAAUAUUCCUCAUACCAUUUGGGUCAUCUCCUUAGAGUAUGUCUCUCCACUACGGACACACCCUCACGCUCACUAGCCAUUUAAAUCGGAGCAACUGUGUCCCUGCACUUUCAAGUAAUUAUCUAGUCGUCUGAUCAAGUAGCAGUGGUGCAAUACAUUCAAAUUUAUGCAAAAUACAAGCCAGGAGAUUCAUGAAAUCGUAAAAACGUAAACAUAAUCUCAGCUAGGUUUAUUUCAAUUUCCUGGUGUUUGCACAGCAGUCACUAAAGUUUCCACAAAACAUCUGGUUAACAACAGUUCUGCAGGUGAAACACCGUGUUGAUGAGAGAGGUCAGAGAGGAAAGGCAGUCUGAGAUGCUUUUCUGCUCACUAUGGUUGUAAAGAGUGAUUAUUUGAGUUCUCAUCACCUUCCUGUCUCCUCAAAACACAUUGUAUGUUCUCAUUUGAUUUUUCUCAUCAGCUUACAUUGUUAAAACCAAAAUAAAAAUUCUCAAUCCAGGCCAUGUGGCAUGGCACCAACAGCAUGGCAUGGUCUUAGUCACUAAUAUCAUUUCCCCUUUAUUCUAAUGUUUAUUGUGAAUAUUGCCUGAAGCUCUUUACUUGCAUCAAUGAUUUUAUGAUGACUUAAUGAUACAUGAUUGACUUAUUGGAAUAAUUGUAUGAAUUUGCAGGGGGGUACGUGUGCUCUAUUAUAGUCAAUGGUGACUGUAUAUCAGUUAAUUUUGAUAAUUACCAGUUUAAGCUUCUGUACUACUAACUAGCAGAGACCCAUUACUUCAACUGUUUAGCUGGAUAAAUUGGAUAAUUGGAUCUUCUGAAUUCCAAAUUAGCAGAGCAUUGAAAACUGCUCCUGAAAAUAUGGUUUUGCAGCAACAUUUUAUGACACUGCAAAUAGAUUUUGCCAUUAUAGUUACUUUUUUUACUUGGAAACACUCAUCAUCAUACUAAUGAUCUAGACCAAAGUAGCACCAUUUUCUGAGCACUGAACUUCCCAGUUCAAGCCUACAGACACUUUAUAAUGUGAAAUAAUGUACAUCUUAUCCUACAAUUAACUCAUCAUAAAACUCGACAUGUUGGCUGAGAAGGACUCCCCCUAUCAAGGUUCAAAGGGCUGUUCUUAGUUUUUGUAACAUAUGCAGCAGGAUUUGUAAUGUAUGAUGUUGCAUUAAAGAACCGUUUACAUAAAUGUACAUGCCAAAACGAAUACUGAAGAACACUGGAAUCAAUACAGGCAGCUGAGGUUGGAGUGGAUGAUGGAAAAGAAAUUUGACACAUUACAUUACAAAUGUACAAUUAUAUAAACAUUUCCAAAUUUUUAUUUGGACAUCAGGGGAGAUUUUUGUGAUGGUACCACAUUUGUGAAUGGCUUUUUCUUAUAAAUGUUUCCAUUUAUCCUUGUAGAAAUACUUUUGCAUGUUAGAAUGUUAUUACCAAGUUUUUUGGUAAAGGAGUGAGUUUGGAGUGCAGUAUAUGAACAGCCACCACCACAUCCUUCUGAAAUAUUUGAGCCCUUUUAUAAUCUUCCAGGUGAGAAAAAUACCAGUGGUAUAUUCUCUAUUAUACUCUAAAUUAUUCCAUGCCAUUCUGAAAAGUAGAUGAAGGGUUUAAAGAAAUAAACUUGUGUAACUCCACAUAUCUGCAUAACGAUUGGUGACAUCCCCCCCCAGGCCUUGGUUAGAACAUUUUUCUUUUUUUUUUUUAUUUAUGCGAAUUUUUAUUGGUGUCAAAAUUUGUUCAACAUUCAAAUUGCUCAAUAAAAUCUGAAGAAUCAUAAGAUGCA